UUCCUCAUCUGUCCCGCAAUAGCUUUUGCACCCUCUGAGGCCAUCAUACUUCGUUAGUCACCAGACUUACGUUACGCACAAUUCUCUGCAUUCACGAACCCUAUUUGGCCUAUUUGUGACUGUAUAGCCGAAAAUUCGGUGUCUAGACUCCUGAGUGGUUCUUGCGUUUGUCAGGGCCGCCAGGCACCACAUCAUCCACGAACAUUUGAACUACCCCACCCAAAUUCAACACUCGUUCCUCAGCUACGACAACAACUUCUGGGCCACCGUCGCAAUGAGUCCUUCCGCCCUCACUACCCCGCAAGACAAAGCAAAGCGAAAGGAAUCCCCGAAGCAUGUCAAUUUCUCCAGGGGUCAUAGUGUCGUGAUAAUUCCCCCCGAAAUGGAAACUUGGGCAAACAGCUCUCCACCAUCUUCACCAACUCCCGAGCGAGAAAUAUGGGCCAAGAAAAAUGUCGACGAUGAGCUUGCAGCUCUAGGAAGUGCGAGCGGCCUUGCUGAGCCCGUGGAGACUGUUGCGGAUCAGAAGAAAAGCCCUCAGAAACCCCCUCCAAAGCAGACCUUUGGAGAUAUCCUCGGAAAGGUAGGUGCAUCUGAGCCGGUUGGAGAACCUCCAAAGCCAAAAAGGAGAGCUUCCAAUCAAUGGCAAUCCGCAAUUGCUGGGAUCAUGGAGAAGGGGAAGACGAGGUUAAGUGAGAAACCCAAAAUCGUCACUGAGCGCACGCAUCACGGACCGAAUCCUUUCAACCAAGCUAUGAGCAUGGGAAACCAGGAAAUUGGAAUAAUUCCGCAUCCCGUAGGGACAUCCGGCCGUCCACCAAAAAAGGCGUCCAGCCAACCCCCAUCCUCCAAGGACCCGGACAAGAACCCUACAUCUACAUCCCCAGCACGAACCCCAACACGCAAACCUAUCCCCCCUCCAAAGAAAGCAUAUCUAUCCUCCCCUACUCUUCUCCCAACUCCACCUAGCUUCUCCACGUCCCCAAACCGCAACAUCUCUGGACCCCCCCAGCUCCCCCCACACCUAAAACCCGCGCAGGGUUUCUCCCGCAGCGAAGAAGCGUUGUCCCUCCCACCUCGAUCCCCCUUUCAACGAAACGCAUUCCCGAGCCCAGAAAUCCACCCGCUACGCGGAAAUCCUGUGACUCCGCCCCAAUCCCAGACUCUGCUAUCUUCGGAACCUUCGGAACCGUCGCCGCCGACUAGCACGCACUCGCUGCCACAUUAUUCCUCGAAUGUGCAUGAGCACCAGACUUUGGAUUUCAGCGACUUUGUGCCUACGGAGCAGAUGGCGACGAUGACGGGUUUAGAUGAGGAGGAAAGAGAACGGAAGGCGGCGCAGCGGAGUACCAGGUUGAAGGAUCGGGCGAAGAGGUUUAGUAAGAUGGUUGUUGAUAAGGGGGUUGAGAGGAUGGAUAAGAAGAACGGCAGUGGGUUUUGA